AUGGGUGUGUACCUCAUUAUCAUAGCUGUACAGGACACUCGCUGGCAGGGAGAGUACUUCGAGCAUGACGUGCGGUGGAGAGGUGGCACAUUAUGUCAAGUGACGGGUGCCUUGUCCAUGCUCUCUAGUGAGGUCUCAGUUAUGCUUCUUACCGUCAUCACCGCUGACAGACUUAUCUGCAUCGUGUUCCAUUUUCGAGUUCAGCCUUUGAGCCUUAAGACUUGUUAUUUGAUUUGCUUAUUGGUCUGGUUACUGGGCUUCGUCAUAUCAUUUUUACCAAUGUCGGGUCUGAGUUAUUUCAAUGCUGUGGGGAACGGGAAUGGCUUCUACGGAAGAUCAACAGUGUGCCUGGCUCUUCAGCUGUCCAAUGACAGGCCGCCUGGCUGGGAGUAUUCUGUCAGCAUAUUCAUCGGCUUCAAUUUAGCAGCAUUUUUGUUCAUUUCGUUGUCUUAUAUGGCCAUUUUUUUGUCUGCUGUGAAAUCAUCGAGCGCGAUAAGAUCAACGAAUGUCAAACGGGAAUCAACCCUCGCCAAACGAGUCGCCUUUAUCAUUUUGACAGACUUCUGUUGCUGGAUGCCUGUGAUAAUUGUUGGUAUCUUAUCCUUGACCGGAAGUUUCAAUGAUCCCGAGAAGCAGGUAUAUGUGUGGAUGGCGGUAUUUGUACUUCCGUUUAAUUCCUCUGUGAAUCCUAUACUGUAUACACUUGCUACUCCUCAGAUGCGGGAUUGGUUCUGUAAAGAUUCUAAAAGUAAAGAGGAUGGAAAUAGAGGCAUUCGCCCUGUGGGUAAAUCAGCUGCUUUUUCCACAACACCUGCCAGCAAUCCUACUACAGGAAUAACAACGAUUGAACUCAGUGUGCCUUCACUGAAAUCCGUCGCCAAUCUGGAACGUAGUGGGUAUGUCAAUAAGGGUUUUCAAGACGAUACUUCGCAGCCAGAGAGAAGCAACAGUUUUGCUUCGGUGGAAAGUGGCUCUUUAGAAGAUAACUCGAGUGCUACUUACGACACUCGCCUCUGA